UUUUUUUAACCACAUCUCCUGCAUCGCCCCCCAUUCUCUUCUUCUCUGCAACUUCUUCACGCAUGCAGCUCAAACACAGCCUCCGUCUGCCUCUAACCACCUUUCUCAUUUUGGCUCCCCAAACCUCCCUACAAUUUCGGAAACCUGCAGUGGUGCUAGCAGUCUGCUGAGCUUCCUGUCAUCACACACGGCUUGUAAUUUUGCGCGGCAAGGCAGAGCAGACAUCUCAUGUCCUGAAUUUAAAUGCACCAAUGGAUUUUUGGAUUUUCUGAGGUUUACUUGCUCCGUUAAAAAAAGCGAAGGAGUUUUUAAAUUUGGCUGUGAAGACUGAAGGCACAAAACCAUUCAGACUUUUUUUUUCUUUGCAAUUUUUGCACACAUUUUGGGAUUUUCUGAAGAGAUGGGUUCCCCUGGGACUGUGACAACCCUUUUUGUCAUCCUACUAGUUCUUGUCGUUCUGCUCAUAUUCCUAUACAAGAAGUUGAAUCGGGAGGCAAAUAAUGAAUAUACUGUCCAUCGGUUGGUGUACAAAGAAGGAGGGUUGCGGGACCGGGCGAGAGGUGCAGUAUUUGCCGUGGAGUCAAGCCUUGGGAUCCAGCUGUGGCCUCGGGGUGAUGAAGUGGGAGAAGAGAUGGAGAGGGUCGAAGAGGGACAGGUGGAAGACGGUGACAGCGAGGGGGUCGAGACAAAUGAGGAGGAAAAAGAAGACGAGGUGGAGGGAGAUAGCACGGACCAGAGUGGCAACGCAAAGGAAAAAAGUGGUGACAACUCAAGUUUGGACAGUUCAGAGGCAGGGGAUCAGGACAGGCUUCUGAAGGAGCCGGAGGAGAAGGACGAGACUGGGGAGGAAAGGGAGGAAAAUCAGGAGAAAGCGGAAGUAGAGCAGGCUAAGGCGGAUGCAAGCGGAGGGACUGGACUGUUGAUAAACCUGAAGCAGUUCUCAGGUAGUGCCAUCUGGUCUGAAGAGGGGAGAGGAGAGGGAAUGGGUGGUGAUGUGACUGCGCUGUGAAAGCACAAUUCAGGAAAUACAAAUUGGAAUUCAAGAAAUCUAGUUUCAAACGGAAUUGAGAAAAUAUAUUGAGGUUUUUGUUUCAAGUGGCUGUUGAGAUUGUUCUAGUUUGUUUGUAGUAGCCAACCCCCGCCCCACCCCUACUUUCCCUUCAUACCAAUAUCAUCCUGAAAGUUGUCAAUCAGGGACAUAGCCUCAUCCUGGCUUAGGGUCUUAGUGCUACAUCAGGGUGAGAAGGAUUUUUUUAUGGAUGAAGCUGUCAAAUAUGCAUUUAAAUGUUUGUCUAAGACUUGACUUGUGUGAUUGUAACAUAUGUUUUUAUGUUUUUAAUAUUUGUUUUAAUUUACUAUUCUGUAUGUUCCAAUUUUUACAAAAGACAAUUUGAUGGGUUUUUUUAAAUUCACUUCCGUUUAUUGAAUGUUCCGGAAUACAUUUCAUGUUUGUCAAGAAAACGCUUUAACGCGUUUUAUUACGUGAAUUAUACCACUGAU